AUGACAACAGUUGCAAACCUCGCUAUGCUUGACCCAUCAGUCAUGGAGACCGCUAUCUAUGUAUUCAACACUACCUUCAGCCUAGCACCAGCCUCAAAUCCACACCCAGGCCCGGAAGUCAAGACUAUUUUUCAGCGAAGAGAUCUCUUCUCGAGAGCGGGCAAUUCUACUAAAAAUGCCUCGCAGUGGCUGGAUUCGGCAUACGACGAUGAUGGAUGGUGGGCCCUUGCUUGGAUUGCUGCAUACGAUGUCACUGGGAAUAAUGACUACCUGAGGCUGGCAGAGGGAAUUUUCGCGGCUUUGACUGCGGCAUGGGGUACGAACUGUGGAGGGGGUGGUCUACCGUGGAAUCCCGCAAGUACAUACGUGAAUGCCAUCACGAACGAACUCUUUCUCUCAGUUGCUGCGCAUUUAGCGAACCGUGUGCCAUCCAGGCGGAAAGAGUAUAUUGGGUGGGCCCAGCGGGAAUGGGACUGGUUCUCGGUUCAAGGCUUCAUGAACGAGAACCACACUAUUAAUGAUGGGCUGUUGGAUAAUUGCCAGAACAAUGGUCAAACUUCAUGGUCCUACAACCAAGGAGUGAUUCUCGGAGGCCUCGUUGAACUGAACAAGGCCACACCCGAUGCUACAUUGCUGGAAUCCGCAAACACGAUCGCCCAAGCUGCCAUCGCAACUCUUGCGGACUCAAACAUGGUCAUCCAUGAUUCAUGCGAACCCAACAAUUGUGCUCCAGACGCAACCCAGUUCAAGGGCGUUUUUAUUCGCAAUCUACACAUGCUGCAGCGAGUAUCUCCCAACCUAAUCUACAAGCAAGUUAUUGACAGCUGCGCGCGGAGUAUUUGGGCAAACGACCGGAGCUCGCAGAACCAACUGGGUGUUGAUUGGGCUGGACCCUUCCAGGAUCCGGCGGAUAUGUCAACUCAUAGCUCAGCAAUGGACGCACUGGUUGCUGCUAUCGGGGGAUAA